AGGAAGGAAGUGAGAAGAGAGGAGAGCCAGAUGAUAGAAAAGUGUGAGUGGAGGACAGACGGAGGGAGAUGGCAUCAUGUUAGGAUUUAGGUGUGUCCUUCUGUGGUAGAGUUUUCAUUCAUUUAACAGGAGCAGCACUUUCACUCUCACACACACACGUGCAUUUACAACACAUUCAUUUUUGCUGCGGAGGGACACACUCCCCUCCCUUGUGACUCCAAGGGGAGCGACAUAUUUCACAGCUCACACACACACACACACACACACACAAACACACACUCUUACUGUUUCUAUCAUCAGACAAGUCCUGUAAAGCACAUGUGUUUCAGAGUGGACUCGCGACAGAAGGAUGCGCCAUGAAGUCUCAGCAGAAGUGUAUUGUGAUCUUUGCUUUGGUCUGCUGCUUCGCCGUGCUGGUGGCACUGACUUUCUCAGCGGUGGACCUUUGGGGUGAAGAUGAAGACGGGAUCACAGAGGAGAACUGUAGCAGGAACUGCAGAGUAGUGCUUGUGGAGAACAUCCCAGAAGACAUCUCUUUCUCAGACAAUGGUACAUCGCACCUCCCUCUCUCAGAGGGGCUGUACAGCUUAUUGGACCGAGCUGUCCGAGCCGUAGAGAUAGUUUCCCCGCUGUGGCUCCUGAACUCCUCCGAUUAUGAAUCCAGCUUCCAGCCUGCUGCCAGACAGGGCAGGGCUCUGCUGUCCAAGCUGCAGGGCUUGAAAGCUAGAGGCAUCCAGCUGAAGAUCUCCAGCGGGAUGAUCGACUCCUCUGAGCUCGGGAUGCUCGCCAAACACAAUGCUGAAGUCCACUAUGUGAACACGACGGCGCUGAUCAAAGGCAACAUCCUCUCUUCCUUCUGGGUGGUUGACAGAAAACAUUUCUACAUCGGCAGCGCCAGCAUGGACUGGAGAUCCCUGGCCACAAGGAAGGAGCUGGGUGUGUUGGUGUACGACUGCAGCUGCCUGGCUCUGGACCUCCAUCGAGUGUUCAGCCUCUACUGGGGGCUCCAGUAUAGAGACUUCAUCCCCUCCUUCUGGUCCAAGCGCCUCUUUGCCCUCUUCAACAGGGACGCGCCGCUGAAUCUCACUCUGAACAGUACAAAGGCUCAGGCCUACGUCUCAAGCUCCCCAGAGGUUUUCAUCCCCAAACAUCGUAGCAGUGAUCUUGAAGCUAUAUCAAGAGUCAUCCAGCAAGCCCGCCAGUUCAUAUAUAUCUCCAUCAUCGAUUACCUGCCCCUCCUCAGCCGCAACACUCAAAGUUACUGGUCUCGUAUCGACUCUCUUAUCCGGGAGGCUCUGAUCCUGAGGAAGGUCCGGGUUCGUCUGCUGAUAAGUUGCUGGGAAAAGACUGAACCACUUAGCUUUAACUUUCUCUGGUCCUUGAGGAGUCUGUGCAUGGACCAGGCCAACUGCUCACUGGAAGCUAAGUUCUUCAACCCCAGAGUGCAGAGGGAUGGCAGUCUCCAGGGAAUAAACCACAACAGGUUUAUGGUGACAGAUAGAGCCAUUUAUUUAGGUAACCUUGACUGGUUGGGGAAUGAGUUUACCUUUAACACAGGAGUAGGCCUGGUGAUCAGUCAGCCAGAGGGCAUUGAGGAGAGGAACUCUACUGUGGUGGAGCAGCUACGGGUUGCAUUCGAGAGGGACUGGUUUUCACGUUACACCCGCUCACUGCAGGCCAAUAAGAUGUCCGUCUGCAGCAAGCAGCAGAUCAACAGGCUGGCGGCAGUCAAAAUUAGCCACCUGGACAAUGCACCAAUGCCUAUCAGCGAAGUCCCUCAUGAUAACGGACCUGCACCAAUGAGACACAAACACCAAGAAGAUGGACAGACGCCAGUUAAAACAAAGCACCAUGACGACAGAUUUAGCCAAAUUGGUGUGCAAGGCAAGGCCAAUGGCCUCGAGCCAAUUAUAGACAGUUACCAAGAGAGGGGACAAGUCAAAAUGAGCCACCUUGACAGCAGACAGGUUCCAACCAAAGGUAGUCACCGAGACAAUCCAAUGGAUCCGCCCAGUCAGUCAGCUGAGAGCAGCGGCAGCAGAGAGAUUUUAAACGGAUCGCUGUGACCGAGGAGCUUAAGGAGAACUACUCUCUUCCAGGUACAAUGGAGUGGAUCUUUCUAGCAUUAUAUUGUUGCCAUUUUGAAGAAAACGUUGAAGAUAUAUCUGAUAGGAAGGACUUGAUAAUGUUCACCGAUGAACUCAGGAAGGAAAGUAAAUGCUCGAAUGCAGUCUGGCACUUUUGACAGCUUUUUUUAGGAAUGAAGAAGAAACACUGAAUAAUACACUUAUAUUAACUUUGCUACUUAUUUAAUCUUUCUCCUCUCCUUGUUGAGAUCUCUCGAGCCAAGGAAACAGAUUUAAUCUUAUUGAUUGCCUAAUUAUCAUAUGUCACUUUAGCUGUUUGUGGCAGUCAUUAUGUAUCACCCUUCAAAAGGGGAAAUGACGCCUGCAUGAUUGUGCAGAGAUGGGAAACAGUGUAGCUACACUAGCUACAUUUAGCAUUUUAGAUAUUCUAGAGUCAUGUCAGAUACUACACACCUUCUAUUAUAGCCUCUUUAUUCUGUUCGUGUAAUUCCAGCAGUAUUCUGAAUAAGUGUACUGCCAUUAUUCCUGGAAUUUAGCCCAUAACUCAUUUUGAGUUCUGACCCACAGUUGAGGAGGUGGGGCGCCAAGGGAUUGAUCACACCAUGCCCACCAUGUUUUACCCUCAAUACCAGAAGCCCUAAAACACUGUACAGACAGCUGGUUAUAUAACCCAGGACUUGAGGCGCCAUAUUAUAUCUGCACAGCAGGUUGGGGAACAAUAAAAAUGUUUCAUUUCAAGGGUGGUAAUAUUGAAUAAGAUGAUGCACAUGUUCUACAACACACCACCAAACUGUUUUCAAUCGGUCGCCGCCAGUGAAAAAUUACAUCCUUCAUUAAUUUCAGUGGAAGGCACAUAUUUUCCCCAGGAGGAACAGGAGCUAUAGAUCUGAAUGGCUUCUUAUAGAUAAUCAUUUAAGUGAGCAAAUAUGAAUCCUAGGGAAAUAAGAUGGAUCGAAUGGGUAUCUGUAGUACUCUACCAAAUUCAAUGUGACUUAUUGAACAAAUACUGAAGGAGCAGGUAGAAGAAUGGGCCAGAGGGUCUCUGCUGUCAAAUCAAUACAAUGAAUUUUUAACAGAGCCUGGCAGUUGCAGUUGCUGCAGUUUAACUUCAAGGACAACGUUGCUUGAAAUCUCCUCUGACAGAUGUAUUAUUACCUUUACCGUGUGGAGGUAUAGGAAAAACUACAUGAAAGAACAAUUUACUUUUCAAUUAAAGCUUGUAGCAGCUUUUAUUUGCACUUUUGAAUGUCUAAUACCUUUUCACACUCUUUGCUGAGAGUACCACCUUUUGCAACAAUGUUUGUGAGUUUAUGUUCUUGGAAAAAAUGUUAACUUCCAAAGCCAUUAAUCAAGGGAACAUUUCCAGGAAGAGCUACAUAGUGAUGUUUGAUGAGAAAAAUGCUGAAUCUGAUGCUCAGCUCUUUAACAUGAGAGCAUGAGGUGUAAUGAGUGUGUCUUUUGAAAUAACGUAGCAGGAAGCACAGAUGCAUACUUUAAAGGAAAUAUUUUCAUUUAUAUUUUCAGUUCCUGAUUCAACCGUUUAUAUGGUUCAAAAAGUUAAAUGAAACAAAUCUGAAUAGCUUGUUGAAUCCUAUGAUUUUAGGUUUGUGAUUACCCAAAUUUGCUGCCAAAGGGAGGCUUUUAUGUUAUGUCCCUUUUAAUUCUGCCCCAAAACUGAAGUAUUACAUCAGAAUGCAUAAAGUUUAGCUGUAAGAAUGAUAUGUUGCACAAUUCUUGUUGGAUAUCAAAGUAUUCUGUGUUUAGCUUUAGGUCAAAUGUAGCCCGCCACACAGAUUCAAUAUGGUUAUAACUAUGUGUACACACAAAAUGUAGCCAGUUUCAGUGGAAAAUCAAACAUAUGUCAAAAACACACCACUUGAUAGUUUAAAUCCGGUCAUGAUGGAUAACUUCUGCCAUCUAGAGGCUGUCUUGAGAAAUAAUCAUUUCUUACUUUCUUAAACAAUGUAUUUUUAACAUCAACUGCUGUCUAUAUGCCCUUUCUUAUGAUCCGUAUAAACGGCCGCAGGGAGUUUUCCUGCUAACCUUUGAGCUAUAAUGAUGUUGAAAGCUACCUUUUAUUGAUUUGAGGUUAUCAGAAGAUCUUUUUUUAAAACACACAUAUUGUAUGUUAGAAGUAAAUAUAUUGUUAAUGUAGCCUAUCAAGUAUAAUUUAACACAAUAGCUACAUAUUAAAUGAUAACAACAUACAACUUCCUAUGCUUCAGUGUGUGUGUGUGUGUGUGUGUGUGUGUGCACGUUUUCUCUUUCUGUAUGAAUUCAUUAACUGUUUCAUGACUCGUAUAUGAACCAAGCACUAUCAUCUGUUUUAUUUGUAGAACAGCUUCUCCUUAUAGGGUAGAGAUUAAUGAGUAUUAUCUCAAGAAUAACGUCAACAUAUUGUCUUGCAAAGCAUUAAAUCACCACACUGUGCUGCUUGUAAUCUGACAGCUGAUCUGGAGUCAGCUUCAGUCUACGCUGCUAUUAUCAUAUUGUUGAACAGGGGGCAGGAAUGCUGCUAAUGCAUCCUGUACCCAAGUUUUUAGUUUACAUUUUAUUUUAUUUUUCAAACUAUUUUGAUAACUAGAAAAGUGAAUAUUUUUCAGUUAGCAAGGAACAGGACUAAACCUUUAAUCAGCAACUGUUUACAAUCUGCUACUGCUACACAAAUAAUAGGAAGGAUCCGUAACAAACUUCUAAAAAAAUGUGCUAAAUCCUUUGUGAAAUAUACAGUUGUCUGGAUGGGUUUUAAGCUGCCAAGUGUUUCAGACUGAAGUAAUAUUACUGACUUUAAAUGCUCACUGUUAAAGCUUUGUCGCCUACCUUUAUUCUAUUGAAUUGUUUCGGCAUGACUGCUGCUUGCAUGCCCUGCCUUUAUGAACUGUGCACAGAAGUUACGAGCCUUUUUAGAGAUAAUAAUGAUUAUAAUGAAAGCGUAUAUACCUUUAAAAAAAUACAGAAGGAAUGUAUAUUUAUUAAACACCCUUGUUAAUGCCAACUAUUGAA